GUAAUGACAUCAGUUUCCUGCAUGUGCUUACAGUUGUUCCCUGGUUAUUUCAGGAGUCAUGAACGCUGCUUCGCUGGUCCAGAGGUUAGCAGGGAUUUCUGGAGCUCUUGCUGUCGCAGCAGGUGCAUAUGGUGCUCACGGAUUCAGACGCAGCGAAGCGAGUGAUUACCAGAGAGAGUUGUAUGAUACAGCAAACAAGUAUCACAUCUACCACAGUCUGGCAUUGUUAGGAGCCGCUCGCUGUAGAAAACCUGCUCUGGCAGGUGCAGUCCUCCUCGCUGGCAUGGGCUGCUUUUGUGGUCCCCUCUACCACCAGGCCUUAACCAAUGACCCCAGCUUCAGCAAGCUGGCGCCAAUUGGAGGCUCAUUGCUCAUCGUUGGCUGGGCUGCGAUGGCUCUUUGAACUUUGACCCCAUUUGGCAAUUUGGCAGACCUUGACCCUGUGAUUUCAACGUUCUCAGAGAUUGUUCCGUUUUGUCAUUUAAACAAGAAAAGAAGAGCCACAGGGGGGAUGAAGAAGAGAGGGGUGGAGAAUUUCACAUUUUAUCUAACCCCAUUUUUAGUCAUGUCUGGAAAGUGAUGAUAAGGCUUUGGGAUCAAACAUAAUUCUUUUUUUUUUUCACACUGUCACAGGCAUCUUUAUUUUGUCAG